AUGGUGGCCGUGCUUGGUAUCGUUGCUGUGGUUGGAGUGGCCAGGACUGAGCUCAGCGACGAAGACCCGCUAGAUAUCAGACCGCUAGAUACAGAAGACCUAGAAGAAGGGGAUAGAGAGGAAUUUGAAGAGCUCGAGAGGCUUGAGCUGAGACUUGCAGUACUGGAAGAUGCAAUGGUGGAUAAUAUCGAUGCCGAAGCCGAAGCCAGAUUUGCCGAAGACGAAAUUGAUGACGAAAGGCUAGAAUUCGAAGAGCUAGAUGCGGGUGAUGACGAUGAGCUACUAGAAGAUGAUAGGCUGCUGGAUGUCGAAGAAAUACUGCUUGAUGAUAGGGAUGCUGAGACGGAAACGAUAUCUGCUGAGGAUGAAACUGCUGAUAUACUUGUUGUAAAAGACGAAAGAACUGUGAGGCUUGUUGAAGAUGUUGAUGUCACCAAGACCGAGGACGACGGUGGGUUAAUCAGAGAGAUGCUGGAAGAGGCACUGGAGGACGUGAACGAGGAGGGAGCCGAAGUGGUCAAAGUGUCGGGAGAUGUCAAAGUAGUCCGGGCCAAGACCGGAGACGACGCCGAAGGAACUGACGAAGACAAGGUCAUGGUCAAUGACGAGGAAGAGCCAAAGCCAAAGAAUGUUGAACUCGAUGGAGUAAUGACCUGGACCGGCAGAGGCAACGAUGACGUAUUUUCCAAAGACGAAGAAGGGACCAAGGGUCCAGACGGAGACGACACCUGGGUUGGCUCAACAGUGCUUGCUGCCUCGAGAGUAGAUGCUGAUAAAGUGCUCUGUGGCGGCAAUGAAGGUGACAAGGUGACCUGGGUUCGAGACAACGACACUGAAGUCACCAGCGGCUCUGUUGAUGGUAGCAGUGAUGGGGAUGACGACGAUGAUGGCAGCAGUGAUGGGGAUGACGACGAUGAUGGCAGUGUGCUUGUGCUGAAACCAGUAGAUACAGGCAGUGUCGAAGAUGGAAGGACACUGGUCGAAGAAACCACCAACGAGAUCGGAGACGUCGUUGAUAAUGUCACAGCAUUUGACCCAUUGCUCGCCGUAGUUGAGAUGCUCGACACCAGUGCCGAAGCUGAAGGCUGCGAGACCGAUGCCGACGUUGCAGGCACGGCACUUGUGGUAGACCCCGAAGAUGCUGAUGAUGUUGUUAUUGUGAUGGCAGAAGCUCUUACUGAUGUCCCAGUGACAGACAUUGCGGCCGUCGAUUGA